AUGCCUGGAGUGCCUUCAGGAAAAGCGUGUGAUUGUUGUCGCAAAUCGAAGAAGAAGUGCGACGAGAAAACUCCCACGUGUUCGCGAUGUAUCCGCCUCGGGUUGAAAUGCGUUGGCUCUGGUCAGCAGAGGUAUAAAUUCCAAGAACAACAACCGUUCGGAACGAGCAAAACGAAGAAGAAAACAAAUUCGUCGAAUACAGACUCGGGUCUGCAGGUCAAAGCGGACGUGAUCGCAUCACUUCCCCGGCUGCCACCAAGCAAUAAAAUCACAAUCCUUACAAGUAAAUAUGUUCAAGCGACGAAAUUGACAACCAACUUGAAAUAUAAUCUCGCUUGGGCAUAUGGCUUUUUCAUGUUUGAGAUUCUGCGACAUAUGAACGAGAAUGAAGCGUUGGAUAGUGCGGUGGAUGCCCUUGUUUGCGCGCACACCAACUUUUGUACGCGAUCGGACAUCUCGGUCGAGACCUUGAGUAGUUAUUCCCGCGCUCUGCGGAGUUUGAGGAAAUGUCUCGACGAUCCCACCAAAGCUGGAACGUCGGAAACUUUGUGCGCGGUGAUGCUGUUACUGAUAUGUCAGAAUCUGAAUGGUUCUGAAGGACAACGAUGGUCAGGCCAUUGCGAAGGCGCUGCCAAAAUACUAAAGGCGCGAUCCUUUACCAAGCCCCAGGAUGACUUUGAGCAGCAACUGCUCCUUUCUUUACGAGGUUGUGUAUUGUUUGAAGGUUUCUUCAACGAAAAGAUAGAACUUGACCCGCAGCAAUGGACUUUUCUGGUAGGAAACGAGCUUGACGCUAAACUCCCCGAGGGACAAUUGAUGCAAUAUCUUGCCCACGUGCCAAAUAUACUCCGUCGUGCGCGAGCGGCAACUGGUGAGCGGGAGAUAGCAAUACUGAGAGCUGAGACAAAACCCAUGUAUGAAGCUUCCCAAAAAUUACUGCUCCAGCUACAAGGAAAUUGGGCCAGGGGACCUCCGUCUGAUCCUAAUAAUACGCUUAAAAUCGUUGUACUUCAUGCCUAUUACCAGCGCGCAUAUGGCAUCGGGCUCUUGAUUGUCACUAUCUUGAAUUGGGUGCUCCACGCGUUCACUCCUCCUUUUGACGCAAUCGAACUUAUAGCAGACUCCACGAGCUUGGUCACCCAAACACUAGAACUGGCCAAAUUAGCAUGUAUCUAUCGACCAUUGGGAUCGGGAUAUAUACUUAUCCUUCUGAGUGCCUCGUGGCUUAUAGCCAGUAAUGACAACGAGAAGUUGACUGUGAAUAUUAUGCUGGAGGAUUAUCGGCGAGACUUCCCACUGCGGGACACAGACAGUUUGAUGACGGAGUUGAAGUGGAUGGCAGAACAAUUGCAAUAUUUUCCUGUAGCUUGUGCAUAAUUUGCUCGGUCAGUCUAGCAUGUUGCGCGACUGUACAACAUCCUCUGUGUACACUGAGUGUAUCAGCGAUAAAUUUCCCCCAUUUCAUGGCCUCAUCGCUAUUUUCAUGGACACAGCAUCGGGAGGUAUGCUUGACCACUUUAAUUGAUUCCAUAUGACUCUGGUUUCAUCCGUUGGAGCCAACUUAUGUGAAUAUGAUCGCUGACAUUGAGGUGCAUAUUUUGCCUCUCCAUUAUCGACAGCUGUCCCCGAAAAUUCGCAGAUUUUGUCAAGCUAUUUGUCAGAUUCCUCGGGGAUCCCACCGUCGAAAGUAUUCUGCGCUGCAUUGAAUGACAUGGCGAAGAAUUUGAUGCGUGAAUAUGGCACAGGCCACCCAGGAGAUGGCAUCAUCAAACCUGACGAUACGAGAGCUACAAUGGGAAUUGAUAUGUCAGAGACGCUGCGCCCUCGUUCAUAAUGUUGGUGUCCAGCAUAAUCGUCAGGCCCUGCAUGUAACUUUGAGGGCUUUCCAAAUCACCAGGGCUAAGCUGUUGAGUCCAAAUUCGGUCCUCAAGUACUUUUCUGAUGACCAUAACGCUGCUACUGUUGCUCUUGCGCAUGAUACGAUCGAGCCAGCUUUUCACCACUGAAAUAUCACUGGCAUCAUAGAGCACAGCGCCGAUGAUAGCAAGAGGCCAUAGGAAGAAUUUGCCCCACGUCUUGCCAAUAUCAUCUCUAGUUGAUAUCAACAAUCUUCGAGCUUCACUCAGAGUCAAGUUGAACUCCGUACACCAGGACAAGUAGUGUUCUAAGCUUUCGUUAUGAUUUAGUUCUGAAGCC